CGUUUCAUUAGUUUUGCCUUCUUCUUGAGAGACUCUGCGGAAGCUAUUGGCUCCUUCUGAAACCUAAUUUGCAGAGAUGACGAACAAACCGUUGGAUUCACUACCUCCUACUGAAACCCUAGAGAUGGAGAAUGGAUUGUCGCUGGUGCCACGCGUUAGGCUUAAUCUCACAGUGUACUCGUCGAGCCAAGUUGUGACCAAACCCAUCGAUGAGUGGAAGAUGAAGCAGACGCUCAUAGACUUCCUAAAGAACUCGCUUUCUGUCUCCAUCACCGUCCCUGAAGAUGACCUCCAGAUCAGACGGCUCAAGGACCUCAAGAAGCGCAAGCGCGACGACCCUAUAGCUUUCGGUACACUGUUCAUUCGCAACCUGGGGUUUCUGAACAAGACCAGUAAGAGAAACGAUGGUGAGGAAGAAGAAAAUGACGUAAAGGAGUUGGAGAAGAAGUUCCUGGACUGGAGAAAGUACAUUGUUGAGAAAAUGGAUGGGAUUGAGCUCAAUAUCGAAGGGGUCAAGUACAAGCUAAACGUCGACGUUCCGGAGUCUGAUAAUUUUGAGGCCAUGAAGAAAGCUUGGGAGGAGUUUUACGCUUUUGGAAGUCGGGGGCUUUCGACGAGAGGGAGGCAAGAGCCUGAUACCAUAAUACUGAGGGGUGCUCCGUCACGCUGGUUUGCAGAGCCCCGGGUUUCUUCGAAGCCUUCAAUGCUGGUUACUCAUACCAUCUUUUCUACAUUUGGGAAGAUAAGGAAUCUUAAUGUUGCUGAGGACGAUGGUCUAGGUAAGGACGCGAACGAAGAUGGUGGGGACUUAAUUUCAGGUCUCCAUUGUAAGAUUGUGGUUCAGUUCGAGAAAUACCAGGACUUCUAUAAUACUUUCAAGGUGUUAUGUGGCCGCUCAUUCCAGAAGCAAGGAUCUCAAUUGAGGGCUGAUUAUGAGGUUACGUGGGACAAGGAUGGAUUUUUCCGAUUCUCAAGAAAUCAACCGCAUGAAAAUAGUAGCAGGAUACGGGAAACAGCAACAACACAGCACAGAAGUGAAGCUCCAAGGCAUCGGCAACACAUCUCUCAAUUCAGUUCCAACCAAGCUCCCCGCAAGAGGUUUAAGGUUAGAAACUAAGUGCGAAAAUAACCAAGUAAAACCAUUGGGCGGUCGAACAGGCUUUCUAUGUUUCCCAGAUGGGUCCAGCUAUAAUUGGUCCACUGGCCGAAACUCAAAUCAACUAGCAAAUCUUAUGUUUAUAUGGUUACCAUUUAUUUACCAAAAAGGAAACUUCACCUUACUUCAAGCCUUUUUGGUGUUCUCUCCAAUGGUGACAUAAAUGUUUCUGUUUGAAUACAGGAAUAGGGCAGUGGAUCUGAAAAUUCCUUAUGGAGUUGGGAGUUUGAAGUGUUGGAAUAUGGCAUGAGUUAAUGUAUGACAGAAAAGACUAAUCUUCAACUCUCUUAUUGGUUGGUGGACAUGAUGCCUUGCACAACAUCACAGCAGCACUUUAUUUUUUAGGAGUUGUUAAAUCGUACAUUCAAGUGGGGCAUUUCAAUCCUGAAAAGAGAAGAAGAAAUGUUUGCUAUUUGCUUCAUCAUCCUUUUUUUCCCCAAACGGUUUGUAAUGUAUCCUUGAUCUUGGGUGUAAGAAUUUUGAGUGUUUGAAUAGUAAGAAAUUGAGUAGAGAUGACUCUGUUGGUCGAUUUGCUUUGAUUUUAUUUGAAUAGUAAGAGAUUUGUAAGAACCCGAUAAGAGUUUAUAAUGUAUCAAGUCUUUAUAUGUUAAGAA